AUGGGCACGCUUGUUACGAGCAGUCCUUGGAGCGCGGCCUCGAUGUUCAGACCAUUACCGCGCCGUCUCACAAAAUUUCGUCGACUGCACAGGCUGGGCAACAUACUGAUCCAGAGGCAAAGCGGACCAACUACCGAAUCAGCAAGGGAAAUGAUCGGCGAGCAAAAAGCCCAUUGA